AUGGGAACAAUGACUACAAGUAUGCCCGUCCCUCGAGUAGCAUCUAAUUUUGAUGAGGUUUCUAUGCAUCAGAGCUUGCUCUUCUCUGAUAGUCUCAAGGAUUUGAAGAAUUUGAGAACACAAUUAUAUUCAGCGGCAGAGUACUUUGAACUAUCAUACACAAAUGAUGACCAGAAACAUAUAGUGGUAGAAACAUUGAAAGAUUAUGCCAUUAAAGCUCUCGUGAAUACGGUGGACCAUUUGGGUUCUGUGACAUAUAAGGUUAAUGAUUUCUUUGAUGAAAAAGUGGAUGAAGUUUCCGGCACAGAAUUUCGGGUAUCUUGCAUUGAACAGAGGCUAAGGACAUGCCAAGAAUAUAUUGAUCAUGAGGGUCUUUCCCAACAGUCAUCAGUGAUAGAUACUCCGAAAUACCACAAGCGGUACAUCUUGCCAGUUGGUGAGACCAUACGCGGUGCCAACAAAACUAAAUCCAAAUAUGAAGGUUGCAACCUGGAUGAUGAAGAUGAAUGGCAUCAAUUUCGGAAUGCUGUUCGUGCUACCAUUAGAGAAACCCCUCCACCUACAGUCAGCAAAGGGCGUUCUCCAUCUCCUUCUCCACAACCAUCCCAGCGGCCUGGAGUUUUUUCCUUUACAUCUACCAUGCCCAAAAAGGAAUUAGAGAAGCGAACAGUUUCACCUCAUCGGUUUCCACUUUUACGGUCUGGAUCUCUUGCAAGUAGGCCAACGACCCCGAACAAAAGUCAGUCAACUACCCCAAACUCAAGUAGGCCUACCACUCCGAAUCCUUCUAAUGCAAGACGGCGGUACCCUUCGGAGCCUCGUAAAUCAGCUUCAAUGCGAUUACAUGCUGAAAGGGAAAAUGGAAGAGAGGUUGAACAAUACCCCAGCAAAAGUAAACGCCUCCUCAAAGCCUUGCUUAGCCGGCGCAAGUCAAAGAAAGACGACAUGCUAUACACUUACUUGGACGAAUACUGA